AUGGCCGCAUCAGAGAAGAACGAGGAGCAGCUGACGACAGCGAAGACCCUAAACAAUGUCCCCUGGUGUGAGCAGUAUGAGCGAAUGAUCUCGGGGAUGCUCUACAACUCCUGGGUCCCCGAGCUCGCGUCCACCCGCUUCAAAGCCCGCGCCUGGUGCCACCGCUACAACAGCUACUUCCCUUCCUCGCUCGAGGGCGCCAACUUCUCCACGCUGCAAGCGGCUCGCCUCAUCAUGCUGCGCGAGAUCCUGGGCAGCAUCAACGGCGACGAUGUCUUCAUCGAGCCACCUUUUACAGUCGACUACGGCUGCAACGUCCGCCUCGGCGCGCGCUUCUACGCAAACUUUAACCUCACCAUCCUCGACUGCGGGCUCGUGACUAUUGGCGACAGGGUCAUGUUGGGGCCCAACGUGUCUAUCCUCGCGGCUACGCACGAGACGGAGGUCCAGAGCCGGAGGGACGAGAUCGAGUACGCGAAGCCCGUGGUCAUUGGGAAUGAUUGCUGGAUCGGAGGGCAUGUUGUUAUUUUGCCGGGUGUGGAGAUUGGAGACGGGUGCACGAUCGCGGCCGGCUCGGUUGUUUCGAGGAGUAUUCCAGCAUGGAGUGUUGCUAUGGGGGCGCCGGCGAAGGUUGUGAAGAAGGUGACACCGGUGGAGGAUAUGCCGCGCACAACGUCGUCUAUGGAGUGA